AUUCAUGUGCAUCUCGACGAGCCGGACCAACGGAACCUGAACCGGGAGUUCCGUUGUCUGUAACGCAGAAUCGGUGAGAGGCCACGCCCCUCUCAUGAAUAAUGCAGCAGGAACCGGAGGAUGUUCGGACCUCCGGAGCUACGUCAGCCCUGUUCCCCGGUGACGGGUCAGAAUUCGUGCUCUGAAACCGGGAUCCUUUCCAGGAUUCGGGACACGCGGGAAUCUCUUUUAUAGACGGCUUCAUUGGAUUUUACCGGAGGUUAACGGCGGAGCAUUAACCACGGCUGGUUGUUUGUUCGACCGUGCCUGGCCGACAUAUGGACGGACUCGUUCUUUACUGGACCAAGCUGUAAACUACCGGACCGACCCAUUUUGUACCGGACCCAAAUCUACCGGACCGACCUAUAGCCCUGUCCUAUCUGACGCUGCCGCCGCCCGUUAAUCAGAGCAGAACAACAGGAGAGAUAAAGAGAUUCUUGCAACAACACGUAGGUCUCUGAGUCACGUUUCCUGGCUUCGGGCUAACUACGGUUCCCACAUCUCCUCAGCUUUGUGGUUUCAUGGUUCCUACAGAUCAGACUGCAGUUACAUCAGCUUUCUUCGUGACUCAGAUUUCACCCGCAGCGUCUGAUCAUCAACAACAGAAGUAUCCGCCGCUGUUCAAGGCCAUGUUCCGAAACAGUCUGAAGAUGCUAUUGGGAGGUAAAGGACGGAAGAUUACCAGCAAUGGUGGUACUGGCAUCAGCCCAGACGAGUCCGAUGCCAGGAAGCUGGAGGGCUUCACCCGUUCUCUCCCCUCAUCCCCCCUCCUCAACCUUCGCUUGGUCAGGCGAUCUGACGAGGGUGAGGAUUUAGGACCACCCCCAUCAGCAGAUGAAGCAGCUGAUGCUCUGAUGACCAGGCUGGGUUUCCUACUGGGGGAGAGGGUCACCGGAGGAGAGCCAGACCUUCUCGGCCAUGGUCAAGAAUAUGGUCAGAGGAUCUCCCCAUCCUCCAGUCUGGCAAGCAGCAACACCUCCCCCUGCUCCACGCUGCAGCCUCCUGCUGAGGGGGAGGGCAACAAUAACAGCCAUGCUUGUGUCACCUCCCCCACCUCCACGCUGGAGAGCAGAGACAGUGGAAUCAUAGCCACACUAACUAGCUGUUCUGCUGAGUCUGCUGCAGAGAGGGAGGAUGUUGCACGGUACCACGGUUACCAUGGUGAUGGUUACCAGGGCAGCAACGUUGACGUCUGGCAGCAGGAAGUCAGGCCAGUGGUUUCUUCCACUUCAUCUUCCUGUGUGACUGUAGGGUGGCGUGUGAAUGAGAGCUUGCUGUACAGGACAGAGGAAAACAUGUCCACCUACAGCCUGAGCAGACUCCACCCAGACCAAGGCCCUGGCCCCACCCACUCAUCUAGCCCAACCCACUCCAUCAACCUGAUUCCCCGUCCAAACUCUGUUGCUGCUACUAGUUCAGCCCACAUCGAAGACCUGGCAUACCUGGAUGAACAACAGAGACACGUUCUCUCAAAGACAUCCCUUGGGAUGCUCAAGCAGGAUUCUGGGAGUCGCAGUCAGCAUAACAGGGCCUGUUUCAGUUCCACCAUCAACCUGAAGCCACUCCAGUUUGAAAUUCCUGGCCUCUUGGCUGACUGGAUGUUUACUGGGAGGGAGUGGCUAUUCCAGGAGUUGGAUGCCUGCCUUUGCAGUGACGACCCUGAGACUAACAGGGGGGUGGUGAUAACUGGCAACAUGGGGUUUGGAAAAACAGCUGUCAUUGCACGCUUGGUUGCACUGAGUUGUCAUGGAAACCUCAUGUGGCCUUCUGCCUCCAGUAGCAAGACCAUACACACAUGUAAGACCAAAAAACCAGCAAACAUGAAAUGUCCAUGUUUGUCCAUAGCUCUGGACAUUCACACCUUUGCUUUGUUCUAUCCUGUGCCUCAGACAGUAACCCUCAGCUGUCUCCUACUGAUGUAUAGAUAGAUAGAGACACCCUCAGCUGCAAAUUGCAUCGAUACGGGACUGACUCAGCUGUUGUUUCUGUUCAAGAGUGUGCACGUACAGCAUGUGUGCCUCAUGCACGAGCUUACUAUUGAAGCUGCAGUUACGCGUGUAGCCUGAGGGGGCAAUCGCGAACAUAAAAAUGUCAAACUGCUUAUAGUCCCUUUAAUUUUAGCUAAACACUGCAUGAAAACAAGGACUACUAGAACUGCAAGCAUUUAUCAACGGGUUCCAAGCCACCAGCGCCAGUCGCCCACCCGCCCCGCCCUCAACUUCGCCAGUCCUCCCGCGGUCCCGCCCCAAAAACACGUUCUCCUUCCGGCAUCCCGUCAGCUCACUUCAACCGGCGCAAUGAAAGUAACACUCAGGAUAUGUCAUUAAACCUGCGAAGCCUAUACACAUAUCUUUCAGAGGCAUGGCUGACUUCUCAAUCGUGAUUACAAUGGAAUUCCACUGUUUCCUUAUUAAAGAACGUGAAGAUUUAAUGAGUGAGAUUAUCAAACAAUGAUCUAUACAUCAACAGAAUAUUACAAAUAACAUAAAUACUUGAUAAUGUCUUUAGAUUUAAAAGAUUUUCAACAAAAACUAUGAGCUUCAUUUUGUAACUUACUGACCAAAUGUUUUAAAAAAUCAUGAAAAAUACAUAAAUCAUCCUAAAAUUACCAAAAUAUUCUCACAUGGCAGUGUUAACAUGCGGAAUAAUAUGAUGUUGUUUUUAAAUCAGUAGACUCAAAGCUUUUUUGAAGAAAAAUUGGGAAAUAUAACUAUAAAGGUCACAACAAAAAUUAAAAUAUUCAUAAAAAAAUAGUGCUACUUUCUAAAAUUAGGAGAAAAAUCUCAGAUCACCAUAGCUACAUGUGGAAUGUUGUAAAUGGCUUAUAUUUACUGUAUACCUGAAAAGCUUUCUGACAAAAAUUAAUUACGUUGUUGUCCAACUAUACAGAAAAACUGGUAAAAAGUUAAAAAUUCAUUAAAAAUCUAUGCUUUUGUACAGAAAUCUCAAAAUAUUCCCAGGUUGCCUCUGUGACGUGAGAAUUCUUCUUAUAUUUUUGUUGGGGUCAUAAAUGUAAAACUGUACUUACAAUAAAAUAAUAUUUGCAUUAGUGGCUGUAGACAAAAAUAUGUCCUAUAAUUAAACACUAGGGGGAGCUCAAAUCAAGACGACAUUUUUUUUGUUUCAUAAACCACCUAAGAGUGAACUUUGUGGCAAAUUACAAGAAGAUUGUCAGAACAGAAUUUGCGCUACAAUUGCUAGCCUAAAAAUGUAUUUUCGUAAAUAUAAAGCGCAAACCUAUUUGUGGAGCUGCGGCUUUCGUGACAUAAGCUCUAGCCUAUACAGUUAACACAUUCUGGAAAUCCUAGCCUCUUACAUGCAAAUAGUGAUUUUUAGGAAAUUUUUCAAAUUUGAAAUUUGAAAUGAUCAUAAACCACGCCCACUUUGAUCAAUCAUUACCAUAUUGAUAAUGUAGUCUUAAGACUCUAUAGUGAUGACAGCCACUAAGUUUCGUGCAGAUCCAUUUAGCCGGUUCAGCAGUAUAAUUUCUUCCCAGUUAUAGCGCCCCCUAUUGUUUAAUCAAGUUGAAAACCAGGACAUACACUUGAAUUGACCUUAGGUAUGACUGUUAUGAACAGCUUUGAAAAAUGUCAAAAUCUUUUGAAGUUACGCUAAUAAAACUUUUUCAUUCCCAAAAAAUUAUUUUAAAAAAUCAUAUUAAAAAAAUAAGAAAUUAUCCAUAAUCCCUUCACAUCUUUUGGUCAGCCGCUCCUCCUCUCUUGUCAGGGAAAGUUGUGAUGUGAUUGAGUUUGACGGCCGGGAGGAGUUAACGAAAGUACGUUGGACUUACUAUGCAAAUUUCUACUAAUUUGCAUAAGUUUAAAACAUUUUUUAAAAUACUCAUCUAAAUUUGACUGACUCAAUGAACACACUGGAUGAGAUCAUUUGUUUUUUAACGAAAGAAAUGGGGAGAAACAUGCCAAAAAUAUUUUUGGGGUACCACAGCGCCACCUAUUGGACAAAAUUCAAAAAAAAUUCUGUGAUUGUAGAUGUCGCUAUGACUGAUAUGAAUUGUAAUUUUCUGUAUAGAAUAUGUAUUUUUCAUGAGUAAAAGGGCGAAAAUUUUUAAAGCCUAUAAGCCACGCCCACUUUUUAAUCAUUUUCGAAAUAUAGCUUAAGGGUCCAAUGAUUAACAUAUGUGCCAAGUUCUGUGGAAAUCCAUCAAGCCGUUUAGCUGAAACAAACUUUUUGACUCUUUAGCGCCCCCUAUUGAUGAAUGCAAACAAAAUCGGGUAGAUAGGGCUUACCGCUCAUACUUCAUAAGGGUCUAGAGUAGGGAUGCACCGAUCAGGUUUUUUGCUGCCGAUCACCGAUACCGAUAUCAAAGAAUGCUGAUCACCGAUACCGAUCACGUGGAUUGGCCAGAAAUUUUCUACAACAUUAUAAUGAGUGCUACAAACUACAUAAUCUGGGAAUAAAGGAAAUGUAACCUAAUCUAAAAUGGUCUGUAUUAGGUUGUCACGGUGUGAAAAUUUAACCUCACGGUUAUUGUGACCAAAAUUACCACGGUUUUCGGUAUUAUCGCGGUAUUUUUUUUAAACGUGCUACAUUUUCACACAAUUAAAUAAACACUGUAUAUCAGGAAAUAUUAUCCUCAGUUUGUGUCUAAAUUUAGCCUAAAAUGUGUUAUUUUGUAAUUAUGUUGUUUAUUUGUUUACAUUUUUCCCCUUUAGUCUUUAAAAUACCAAUAUUUGCCCAUAACUUCGUAUUUUAUGUCUGUUUGAUGUCAUCAUUAAAAAAUAUUAGAUCAGAUGAUACUCAGUACUCAAGUAGCCUUCUAAUCAGAUACUUUUUUUUUACCCUUACUUGAGCAAUCCGUAUUUCAGGAAAAUAUUGUCCUCGGUUUGUGGCCUUACCAGUGAGCUUUGCAGAUGUGGGAAAAUGUCAUCAGGCAGUAAUCAUUGUUAAAUUCAUAAUUAUUCUCGGAGAGAGACCAACUCUUAUCUGCCCCUGGAAGCCCCGUAAUGCAUAGCGUCAUUUCAACAUGGGGGUGUCCGCGACACGGUUUAUAUGCAGGUAGCGGCGCUGCGGCUGCUUUAUAUAGCGACUCGUUGCGUUCUCCCUCAACCCAAAUCCUCGGAUCACGCAUUUUAGCUAAAACGCUAACGUUAGCUUGCCUUGCGUUGACUGUAGAGUUGUGGGUGAUGGUCACGCAGAUGUGUCAUGAGAUUUGAAGCGUUUCUGCCUUUCACAGACACUUUUUCUGCUCGUGCUGCAAACAGGAUAGCCGUCCGUCUUCUAUAAACUUCCUCGGCAUUCUUCAAAUAUCUAAAAUAUGCCCGUACUUCCGACUUUGUCUUCUUUGAGGGAUAAUAAAUGUCCUCCUGAGCGCUGCCGUCUCCUCCUUUGACCAUUAUUUCAGCUUUAGCUUCAAGAAAGUUUUGUUGUAAACAAAGCGUGCAUGUGCCGCCGGCAACUUCAGCAGGUGAUACGGUGGCUGGUAAGGGUCACCGCGCCUACACCGCAGCCACGGUAAACCCACCAAGAUAAUAUAGUUUUUUAAAAACAAGACGGUUAUUAUUGUCAACUUUUUUUUUUACCGGGGUUUAGCGCUACACUGGUUACCGUGACAACCCUACCUGAUCGGUUUGCUUUGAUCUAUUUUGAAAAUUCCGAUCAAAACCGAUAGGGGCGCUAUCGGCCGAUUACGAUCAAAUGCCGAUCCAUCGGUGCAUCCCUAGUCUAGAGUCUCAUCAAUUUAUCUUGAGAAAUGGUCAAGAUAUCAUCAAUUACCACAUGUGCUAGCUAGCGCACUGAUUUUGACAUGGUGUCAUUAGCCCAAUUUUCAAUAUUUCUGCAUUUUUCUUCACCACAACAACUUACCUUAGUCCAUAGAUAACAUGUACGAAGUUUGAAGUUGAUUCGACGAAAAAUGACGAAUAGGUGAUUAAAAGUAAGUUUUGCGUUUUUUGCGAUCUAGCAAAAAAUCUAAUUAGGCGGAAAUGGGCGUGGCCAAUACAAACGACGUGCAGAAUUAUCCAAGGAUCAUGUACAUAUAAAGUUUUUGACUGUAGGACCUAUGGUUUGGGAGCUAGUAGCUGAAACGUAUUCACCUCCGCAAUAGCGCCACCUAGGUGACUCGGGGUCCAAAUUUUCGAAUCUGAGUAGCGGUCAGGAUUUUGUA